AGACAGAUGCAGGUCGCAUCUAUCAAUGAUGUCAAAAUAUACAACUUGAGUGCUGGUAAAAGUAUCCCAGAAUGGAUGAGCUCAGAAGCAAGGAGAAGGGCAGAACGGAAAAGCAUUGACGUACGAAGACGAGUUCAGCUUAUACAAGAUUUUGAUAUGCCCGACAUCAGCCAUACUGUCAACAUUUCCCGUGAUGGCAGAUAUGUUUUUGCUACAGGCUCUUACAAAUCCUGGCUAAAAUGCUACGAUCUGGAGAAUUUAUCGCAAAAGUUCGAACGAGGUUUGGACGCAGGUGUAAUCAAAUUGAUAUCACUUAGUGAUGAUUACUCGAAAAUUGUUUUACUCGAAGAAGAUCGUUUUCUUGAAAUGCAUGCUGCGUUUGGGAGAUAUUUUCGAAUGCGUAUGCCUCGAUACGGCCGAGAUAUGGCUUUUUCGUUGGAACGUAGCGACCUUUAUCUUGUCGGUGCGAGUAGCGAAGUAUAUCGGUUGAAUUUGGAACUAGGCGAAUGGCUGUCACCUCUUCAAACGAACGGGACCGCCUUGAAUUGUUGCCAGUUUGCUGACGCUCAUCAGCUUUUUGUGUGUGGCACAACUGAUGGACAGGUGGAAGCAUGGGAUCAUCGAGACAAAUCACGAGUCGGCAUCUUGGACUGUCUACCUGCUUUGAACGAAAAUGGACGCGUGGAGAUAACGGCCUUGUCUUUCCGAGAUGCUUUACGACUGGGAAUUGGAACAAGUAGUGGUCAGGUGCUUGUUUAUGACAUUCGUUCAUCCAAACCGCUGAUAGUAAAGGAUCACAUAAAUGGUCUUCCUAUAAAGAAGAUCGACUUUGUUGUGAGGGAGACUGAGAGUUUGACUCUGAGUAUGGACAGUCGUGUGCUCAAGAUGUGGAACGAAAAUAAUGGAAAACCAUUUGCAGCGAUUGAAACGGAGAGUGGCUUGAAUGACUUCUGCCGUUAUCCUGGAUCCGGACUGAUUUUCUUUGCCAAUGAGGCUCCUCGUAUGCAACAGUAUUUCAUUCCUGCCCUCGGCCCAGCUCCAAAAUGGUGCUCGUAUCUCGAAGCUAUUACUGAGGAGUUGGAAGAAACUCAAUCUGCUGCUGUAUAUGAUGACUACAAGUUUGUGACGAAAGAUGAGCUUGAAUCGCUUAGUCUUUCUCAUCUCAUCGGUAGCUCUGUGCUACGAGCGUACAUGCAUGGAUAUUUCAUCGACAGGAGACUGUACGAGAAGGCACAACUCAUCACACAACCUUUUGCUUAUGAGAAGUAUAAGGAUAGAAAGAUUCAUGAUCUUCUGGAUGAAGAACGAGAAAAUAAGGUUAUCAGAACAAAAGCGGAAACCAUUCACGCAAAGGUCAAUAAAGAGCUGGCGGCUCGACUUCAGGCGGAAGCAACAGCGGAAGUUAGUGCGAAGAGUUCGGGAAGGAAAAAGAAGAGCGAUAAGAAAAAGGCAAUCACCGCUUCGGCUAUUCUCGAAGAUGAUCGCUUCAAGAAAUUAUUCAGCGACGAAGAUUUUGAGGUCAACGAGGAAAAUGAACAAUUCAAGCGUAAUGCCGCCUUUGUUCAGCAUAAGGAGAAAUCCGCGAAACUUGUAGAGGGGGAGGAGGAUGAAGAACACAACGAAAGUGAAGAGGAAGAAGAAAUAUCCCAGUCUGAGUUGCCAGACAUGAGCGAAGCCCAGGGAAGUCACAUUGGAGCAGAAUCUUCUAGUAGCGAUAGUGGCAGCGAGGAAGACGGAGAGUCUUUGUCAACUAAGAAGAAACUAGCGAAAGAAAAAGAACGUCUAAAGCAAGAAAAGCGAGAACGUCAUCGUAAACAAUAUGAGGAAUUAUUACUGCAACGAGAAGCAGAACGAACUGCUCGUCUCGUAAACAAACCCAAAAAAUUCGUCUUCUAUGAGUUGGAUUCGACGGAGAACACUAGGAAAUUCCUCGAUGAGCAUGUAAAGGAAGACAAUGACUCUGAGGAAUUCUCCAGUUUAGCAGCUAAGAAGUCUUCUAUGCAAGAAAGAGGAGACUUCGAGAAGCACGAAGAUGUGUUCGGCGGUCGCUCCAUGACAUUCACUCUGGCCAAAAAAGGAGCUUCCGGCAGAGAGGCCAAGGCUAUGGAGGAGAGGAAGAAACACGCUAAGGAACGUAAGGCAACGGUUCGCAAACCUACGUUGAAUAUAAAAAGGUCACUGAAGAAACUGCCUGGAAAUUUAUCUAAGCCAUAAUCAUCUCCGCUUGUUCUCCUCACCUGUACAUUUGUUCGACUCUUGUUGUCUGUUAUUGUUAGAUCUUGUUGACUGAAGUUGUUACGUAAUACACACAUCUAGAUAAAGUAUAAAACAGACUUGAGG